CACACCCUUCACCAGAACAACUUCACUCCCUUUGGAGCGCAGUUUCUUGAUAUAUUUAGGAUUGCAGCUUCUCCUGCCCGUGACUUUCUCUAUCGAUCCGAAGGCGCCAUGGAAAAGAGGCUUCUCGAUUAUGCGCUCGCCCCUCUCGGUUUGAUAAUAAUGGCGUCUUAUCACCUGUGGCUCCUCCACAAGAUCAUGAAGCACCCAAACAAGACUGUUAUCGGCGUGAAUGCCAUCAACCGCCGCUACUGGGUUCGAGCCAUGAUGGAGGACGACAAGAACGGUGUCCUACCGGUCCAGACACUGAGGAACAACAUAAUGGCAUCCACCGUCCUCGCCUCGACUGCGAUCAUGCUGUGCUCAUUCAUCGCGCUUCUAAUGACGAGAGAGAAUGCGAAUCGCUCUUCAUUCUUCGUGGUGCUAGGGGACGGGAGCCCGUUGGGGUUCUCCAUCAAAUUCUUUGCAAUCCUCGUCUGCUUCUUGGUAGCCUUCCUAUUGAACUUGCAGUCCAUAAGGUACUACAGCCACGCGAGCAUCCUGAUAAAUGUGCCGUACAAGAAGAUCUCGUCCCACCAUCAGCACCAGGAGGCCACGGUCGAGUACGUGGCCACGACCGUGAACAGGGGCAGCUACUUCUGGUCCCUUGGCCUGAGGGCGUUCUACUUCUCCCUGCCCCUCUUCCUCUGGAUCUUUGGGCCAAUCCCGAUGUUUGCGAGCUGCUUCGUGCUCGUCUUCUUGCUCUAUUUCCUGGACAUCACAGUCGAUUUCGGGUGGGCCGUUGGGACCAUUUGCGCCAAUGUUGAAGCUGACAGGAGCAAAGUCGACGAGGAAGCGGGAGGCAUGAUGAUCUCUAAAUAAAAUAUAACGGUCCACAAAUGGACUCGAUAAUAUGUGGUUUAGAUGUUAGCGAGCUAGCUGCAGCUCCACAUUCAAUCCAAGUUGAAUUGAACUGCACGCGAUGCAAAACUAAUCUAUAGCUUAAGUCCUAGAUAAGAUUGUUAGCUCGAAAAGAAGUUGUUGUAUGCACUUUCUUAUAUGUGAUCGAUAAGUCAGCGGGUCUCGUUUUCAUUUCUUAGAGACAUACAUAUAUAUAUAUAUAUAUAUGAUCUCAUUUGUCAAUUGAAAACACACGAUAAUUCAAAGAAGGGUUCAUUAGUUAAAAAUGCA